ACCGCAAUUGCGGCUGCGCGCUUCACAACAGAUCUCGCGGAGGGAACUGUCCUCACGCAUCUCCCAAAUCCACCAACGUAUCGUAUCCCAUAAGAAGGUCGAAGAGUGAGGGGUGGCUCGCCAUGACAGUUGCUUGCCGUUCUAAUACCUCACCGUCGCCGAUGGCUGCAGGGAGACCCCAUCUCGGAUUCAGUAUCGGAGAUCAGGAAGAAUCGUCUCACCAUUGGAUUUGACGAACUAAAUAAACCAGGUUGGAGGUAAUAAAUUUUUUUUAUUGAAAGGGUUUGUUACGCGAACAUUUUGAGAUUUGAUGUGCUUAAUUAAGUGUUCAUAUAUAAAUAUAAAUAAUCCUUCGUU